GAGGCGAAUGAUGGCGUCAUCAGCACCAGGCCCCAGCGCAAGCCCUCCCUUCAAUCCAACUCCACCUCCACAUAAAUCUUAUCCAUUCUUCACCAAACAGCGGAAGAGAUUUCAUCUUCUUUUCCUGUUAAAAAUUGAGUCUUUUUCUGGCAAAGGAUCUAACGUUUGAGUACGAAAAUCCCCCCUUUUGCUGUCCAUUUGUCGACGCUCCAAUUUCAUUGGUCGCGAUUCCAUCGUGGAUUUGGACCACGCGCAGCACCACAACAAAUCCUCCCCUCCAAUCCUGCCCAACAAUCCCGAUUUCCAAUCGAAAGCAAACAUCAAGAAAUCCUAAAUAGAACGCACCAAGAACUCCACUACUAGAAUCACCUAUCAUUUCUUGGUGCAUUGGCCCUACGCCGCUCCACCAUCUGAGAAAUCCCAAGAAACGCCUCCCAAAUCGGUCCUACGCCGCACCAGAUCGCAGCUCAUAAUUCCAGAGAGAAUUAGAGCGAGCGCGAAAAGGAGGAAGCAAUGACGGAGGUGGCGCUCCUCCGGGGCCCGACCAACCUUGCUUCCCCCGCAAGCCGCGCCUCCUCCUCCCUGCGCUAUUUAGCCAAUGCCGACAGCGACCUGCUCCCAGGAAGCGGCAGCAGGGAGCAGCCUACGGGAUCUACAGGGAGCCUUGGAUUCCAAGAUCGGCGUGGGCAAGAGCCUGAAGGGUCAGAGGAGGAGGAGGAAGCGGAGCGGUGGUCGUUCUUGGCGCUGCUGUUUGAGCUGCUGCGGAAGUCGCUGCUCGGGUGCAGGAUAGUGAGCGGCGACGGCGGUGGUGAAGGCGGCGGCGGCGGCUGUGGGAUGGAGAUUGGGUUGCCGACGGACGUGCAGCACGUGGCGCACGUCACGUUCGAUAGGUUCCAUGGAUUCCUGGGGCUCCCCGUCGAGUUCGAGCCCGAGGUGCCCCGCCGAGCUCCCAGUGCGAGCACAAGUGUAUUUGGAGUUUCAACAGAAUCAAUGCAGUGUUCCUAUGAUUCCAGAGGAAACAGUGUUCCCACGAUUCUCUUGAUGAUGCAAAGGCGUCUUUAUGAACAGGGCGGUUUUCAGGCGGAAGGUAUUUUUCGUAUAAAUGCAGAGAACAGCCAGGAAGAGUUUGUGAGAGACCAGUUAAAUAGUGGAAUAGUUCUGGACGGCAUUGAUGUCCACUGUUUGGCAGGUCUAAUCAAAGCAUGGUUUAGGGAACUGCCGAGCGGGGUGCUGGACUCAAUCCCACCUGAGCAGGUGAUGCAAUGCCAAUCUGAAGAGGAUUGUGCUCGGGUUGCUAAAUGCCUUCCACCAGCUGAAGCAGCCUUACUUGCCUGGGCUGUUAAUCUGAUGGCUGAUGUUGUCCAAGAAGAACAGAUAAACAAAAUGAAUGCUCGCAAUAUUGCUAUGGUUUUUGCACCAAAUAUGAUCAGAUGCUAACUUAGCACGCGUACCAUGUAGGUGGCAGAUCCUUUGACUGCACUGAUGUAUGCAGUGCAAGUGAUGAAUUUUCUCAAGAUGCUAAUACAAAAGACCCUCAUGGAUAGAGAAGAGUCGAUUCUGGAGGAUGCAUCGCUGCGCCAGAAGGACCCAUCUGAUGAAAAUGGGCAUCAGAAAUCCAGCGUGAUACUUGACUCUCACCUGCGGAAUGACGAAGGAUCCAGGCGUUCCUCUUUUGCCAACGAGGAGCCCCUUCUGAACAGUCCUGCACACAGUACUGAAGACAAACCUGAAGAAACUAAUGCUUUCAGUGGCCAGACAAGUGAAAUCCUGACGAGCGCGGAGGGCUCCACUGGUUGCUCACAACUUGCUGAUCUGGCUGUUAUUCCUGAUGCUUCCAGUGCAACAGCUGUGAUUUCUCUUCAACGCAAAGGAAGCGGAAGCCCGAAUCAUAGGCGGACCAGAAAGGGCAAGGGUCAGUCUGGAGCACGUGCAAUUCCUCCAGCUGAGAAAUCAAGAGGUGUGAGCAUUGUGAGCCGGAUAAAUUCCAAAGUUGAACGGAUCGAAGCAUGGAGAUGAAUUCAAAUGCCACUGCUGCUGCUGUUGUGUCAUAGAUGACUGACCCAAUGUUUCUUGAAAAUAGGCCCCCAAACUUCGUGCUCGCUCGUUUUGCUUUUCGAUGUGCUUAUAAUUUUUUUCUCGAUCAUGAUCACGGUACUCGACCUUUUCACUUUCACUGACUUCUGCAUCUUGCUUAUGAUUACUUGUUUGAGUGAAUCAAACAGAGGUUAUUGGCU